CGCCCUUCCCUUUCCAUGGAUGGUCGCACCACCAGUCGUUCACUGGUCACCGACACCUCGCUCUUCGGCACCAACCCAACGAUCGCUGCAGCUACAGCGUCGCCACUCGGCCGCCCCAUGAGCAUCGCUGCGCGUCUGCGCCACUACACCAACCGUCUGGUCCGCGCGCUCCACCCUUCCCGGAUUCCUCCCCCACUACAUAGCGCCGCGCGGCCGGCCUCGCAGCCGCACCGACGCCGGGGACGAGCGAUGGCGACGGCGGCGGCGGACACGGACGCGGAGGUGCAGGCGGAUUUCUUCCCCAUGGUCCGCCAGUACAGGAGCGGCCGCGUGGAGCGGUUCAUGAACAUGGCCCCGCUCCCGGCCAGCGCCGACCCGGCCACGGGCGUCGUGUCCAAGGACGUCGUCGUCGACCCGGCCACGGGCGUCUGGGCGCGCCUCUUCCUCCCGCCCGGCACCCCGCCAGGCAAGAAGCUACCCGUUGUCGUCUACUACCACGGCGGCGCCUACGUGGUGGGCUCCGCCGCCGACCCGUUCACGCACAACUACCUCAACGCGCUCGCCGCGGAGGCCGGCGUUCUCGCGGUCGCGCCCGAGUACCGCCUCGCGCCGGAGCACCCGCUCCCGGCGGCGUACGACGACUCGUGGGAGGCGCUCAAGUGGGUGACCUCCCACGCCGCGGGCGGCGGCGGCGGGGCGGAGCCGUGGCUGGCCGAGCACGGCGACCUCUCCCGCCUGUUCCUGGCCGGGGCCAGCGCGGGGGGCACCAUCGCGCACGUGGUGGCCGCGCGCGCGGGCGGGCUCGGCGUGCGCGCCAGGGGGCUCCUGGUCGUGCACCCCUACUUCAGCGGCGCGGCGGACAUCGGCGACGAGGGGGCGGCGGGGAAGGAGCGCAAGGCCCGCGCCGACGCGUUCUGGCGGUUCCUGUACCCGGGCUCCCCCGGGCUCGACGACCCGCUGUCCAACCCGUUCUCGGAGGCCGCCGGCGGGAGCGCGGCGCGCGUCGCCGCCGACCGCGUGCUCGUCUGCGUCGCCGAGAAGGACGACCUCCGCGACAGGGGCGUCUGGUACUACGAGAGCCUCAAGGCCAGCGGCUACCCCGGCGAGGUGGAGCUGCUCGAGUCCAGGGGUGAGGGCCACGUGUUCUACUGCAUCAACCCGCGCUGCGACAAGGCGCGGGAGAUGCAGGAGCGCGUCCUCAGUUUCCUACGCAAGUGAGGACCGAGCUUGUACACGGCGAGAGGAAAGAUCUCCCGUGGUGGAAUAAGUUUAACCGCCCGCGAUGUGGCCAUGUUUGAUCCAGAAUCCUCGUGUAAUUUGUUGUUGCUUUGCUUGAUGACUUGAUGCUUCCAUCUCACCAUGGCUGGCUACCCUCCCAAGCUUCACAUCCGUGACAUGUUUUUCAGAGAAUGGAGGGAGAUUCUAUUU